UUUAUAAACUUCCUGACAAUUUCAUUUACUAUUCCAUUACAAACACCAACACGCGCUUUUCAUAUAUUUCACACUUAAAACUUAAAAACUGAUUAAAAAGCAAGAAUAAAACCGCAAAACCUAUUUUUUCUUUAAACCGAGGAAACACUUUUAAAUACAUUUCAAAAUGUUGCGUAUUCCGGGUAUGCCAUUGCUGCCAGGAACCCUUUUCCGUGAUGUCGCCAAAAGUCACUAUCCCAAGCCGCAGUCGCUGCUUAAUUUCCAGGGCAUAAGUAUGCUAAGCGAUCGGCAGCAGCCUUCACCGGUGGAUCCCACUGGUGCUGUAGUGGACAUCAGUUGUCCGCCAGUCGGUGCUGCAUCGAUAUAUCCACCCCGCUCUGGUCCUCGUUUACCACCUUGGCUGGCCUACGACAAGAAAGUGCUCUGUUUCAAGGCUUACUUCAAGCAGACUCUACAGGAAGUGUUUCAUGCUCCAUAUUUGGUGCGCAAGGUAAAAAUCUACUAUUAUCUAGAAGAUGGCACACUGGAAAUCUUUGAGCCGAAAGUGGAAAACUCGGGCAUAGUUCAGGGAUGCGUUUUGCAUCGCCAGCGUGUUCCAAAGGCUCCACCAUGUGACAAUGAGUUCAUGUCAAUGAUUGAUCUAAAUGUGGACACGACUGUAAUGAUAUUUGAUCGUCAUUAUCAUAUCACAGACUGUGAUCAGUUUACCAGAGAUUUUCUAAAUAGGCGUGGCAUCACAGUGGCGGAUCCAGUGCCAUGUCCCAUUGAUCCCAGUGAAUCAGUGCGAAAGCGGGUAGCGGUUCGCGCAUAUAAUCCACCCGAGAAGAAACAUCCGUUUGCCCAAUUCUUGAAAUAUGAUCGUCAGAUCCUUAAAUUUUAUGCAUAUUGGGAUGAUCGCACCGAGUUUGGAGAUGUACGCAAAUUGGAGGUGUCUUACUACUUGGCAGACGAUACCAUAGAAAUCAAAGAGGCACAUAUUCGUAAUUCUGGUCGUGAUGGACCGUCAUUGUUCCUGAAGCGAGGACGUUUGAUGCGGGAAUUCGACGGCAUGAAUCUGCCGGGUCAGAACACGCCGGUGACGUUGCUUAAUGUGCUAGGCACAAAUAUGCGGAAUGUGCGCUACUGCGUCGAUCCCUUGAAUACAGGCAACAAGGAGGUUCUUUAUUAUAACGAGCGCGACUUGCAGAUUGGAACCGUCCUCAAUGUAUAUGGUCGGGCAGUGGUUAUAACCGACAUGGAUCCAUUUACCAAACAAUAUUACCGAGAUCGUUUUGGCAUUGAUGACUUUUCAGCUGUGCCGGUGCCCACAAGAUCGGAUGACUGCACCGAAUAUCGUCCUGGAGAGCGUGUACUGCCGCCGUACAAUGGCUGGGGCAGCUAUGAGGACUCCAUGGGCAAUUGUCUGUCGGUGGAACCGAAACCUCCACGUGCGGACUUUAAGAAGUUCAUCAAAUAUGAUCGCUAUGUAUUGCGAUUCGGUGCCAAGAUGCUCUCGACCAUCAAGGAGAAUUGUGAUCGUAUAUUUGUGAUUAGCUAUUAUCUGAGCGAGGACACCGUCCAGAUUCAGGAAGUGGCUGUGCGUAAUUCUGGCUUCCUUGGUGGUGAAUUCAUGAAACGCACCCGCGUCGAGUUGCCCGGACAAGAAAAAUUUUCGUCAAAAUUGCCGCAAUACUAUAUGGCCCACAAUUUCUAUAUUAAUGCCACGAUGAGUAUAAAAGAUUUCAUCUUUCACAUUGUCUCGGCCGAUGAGUACACUCUGAUGUACAUGGAACACCAUCCGGAGCAGUUCCCGCAUGCUAAUGUGACCAAGAUUAUGGAGAAGAUUCGUAAUGUCCUGCAGCCCCGCAUGGCAGAGUUCUUGAGUGCCUGUUUGCCGGAUUGCGCCGAUCUCGAAAGUAAAGAAGAUAUAUACAUAUCAUACGAAAGUUUCAAGGGCGCCAUGAUCAGCAUAAUGGGCAAUAAUAUCAGUGAUCAUGAGAUAAUCACUCUGUGUCGUCAUUUCUCGGCCGAACAGAGUCCCAAGCACACUUGUGUAAGGGACCAUGUUCGCGCUGCCGCCCAUCUUGAGCUGAAGCGGGCCCUGUGGAAUGCUCGCGAUGAUCUGAUGGAGCAUUUGCAUCACAUCAAUCCCACGAAUCGACCCUUCCUAUCAGAGGCCAAGGUGCGUUCCACAUUGCGGGGUUGUCGCCUGCCUUUCUCACUGGAGCUAAUUGAUCAAAUUUUCUCGAUCGUCAAUCGAAACGAAUGCGGUGAGAUUGAAGUCUGUGAUCUCAUGGACUUUAUAGAUGUGUCCUGCGGCAAAGGUUGCUCCAUGCCGCCAGUUAAUCAUGCCUUCGAGUUGUGUCCCAAGAUACAAUUCCUGAACAAGGGACGAAUGAUAAACUUUUCCUGCUUCCUGCGAAGUCUCGAUUUGCCCUUGGGUAUGCGCAGUCUCCAGGCCCAGGAAGCGAUUAACGUUGGCGAUGAUGUCAAUGGUGUCCUCUUUGAUGAUGACAAGAUCAAGGUUCCUUCUCCGCGCUCUUAAAUGGUCAAUUUUACUGCAGUUAGGCGAAAAUUUCCUGUAUUUCAGCACAUGCCCAUGUCAGCUAAAAACAAAACAAAUAUCUCAACAAUUCCCCUCCAAAGUAUUUUAGAAAAAUUGUUUUAAAAUUGUUUUUUUGUUUUGUUUUUUAAACAAAAAGAUAUUAAAUUCGUCCUAGAAAACAA